UGAGUGUUCAGGAGUUUCUGGUUGCUCUUCAUGUCCAUCUGACCUUCAUCAACUCUGGAGUCAACCUGCUGGCAGGAGAACAAACAACAUCAACAUGUUUCUACCAGAGUGCUGUGAACAAGGAUUUACAGAGUCCAAAUGGACACCUGGACUUGUUCCUCCGCUUGCUCCUGGGUCUUUCACUGGAGACCAAUCAGACUCUCCUACGAGGUCUGCUGACACAGACAGGAAGUAGCUCACAGACCAAUCAGGAAACCGUCAAGUACAUCAAGGAGAAGAUCCAGGAGAAUCUGUCUGCAGAGAGAAGCAUCAAUCUGUUCCACUGUCUGAAUGAACUAAAUGAUCAUUCUCUUGAGGAGGAGAUCCAAUAGUCCCUGAGUUCAGGAAGUCUCUCCACAGAUGAACUGUCUCCUGCUCAGUGGUCAGCUCUGGUCUUCAUCUUACUGUCAUCAGAAAAAGAUCUGGAUGUGUUUGACUUGAAGAAAUACUCUGCUUCAGAGGACGCUCUUCUGAGGCUGCUGCCAGUGGUCAAAGCCUCCAACAAAGCUCUGCUAAGUGGUUGUAACCUAUCAGAGAGAAGCUGUGAAGCUCUGGCCCCAGUUCUCUCUUCCCAGUCAUCUAAUCUGAGAGAGCUGGAUCUGAGUAACAACAACCUGCAGGAUUCAAGAGUGAAGCUCCUCUUUGCCGGACUGUGGAGUUCACACUGCACACUGGAAGGUCUCAGAUUGUCAGGCUGUAUGAUCUCAGAGGAAGGCUGUUCUUCUCUGGCCUCAUCUCUGAGCUCCAACCCGUCCCAUCUGAGAAAGCUGGACCUGAGCUACAAUCAUCCAGGAGACUCAGGAGUGAAGCUGCUGUCAGCUGGAUUAGAAGAUCCACAUUGGAGCCUGGACACUCUCAGAUUAUACCCGGGGGGAGUCCAAUGGUUGAAACCAGAUCUCCGGAAAUAUGCCACUGACCUCAAACUGGACCCAAAUACAGCACACAGAUAUCUCUUCCUUUUUGACAACAACACAAAGGUCAUAGCGUUGACUGAGCCACAGCAAUAUUCUGAUCAUCCAGAAAGAUAUGACGUCUGGCCCCAGCUGUGGUGUAGAAAUGGCCUGACUGGUCGCUGUUACUGGGAGGUUGAAUGGGAUACUGAGGUUAAUAUAGCAGUGACUUACAAAGAUAAUGAUGACUGUUUGUUUGGAGGGAACAAGCACUCUUGGAGUUUGUACUGCUGUCAAGAUGUUUACUAUGCUUGGCACAAUAAAAGCAGCAUAACCAUAAAUCCUCCUCCCACCUCGUCCGAGAACAGAGUGGGAGUGUAUCUGGACUGGCCUGCUGGCACUCUGUCCUUCUACAGUGUCUCAUCUGACAAACUGAUCCACCUCCACACCCUCUACACCACGGUUACUGACCUACUCUACCCAGGGUUUGGGUUCUGUGUGGGGCCAGGCUCCUCAUGGUCUCUGUGUGAGCUGUAAACCAGCAGCCAGUGCUGAAGAAAGACAACUGCUGUCAAGCUACAGUAGUUGAAACUGUGCAGGAUCACAUGCACACAUGGACAAAUUGUGAACACGUUUCAGUAAGAGACUAAACAAAUAUGCAAAAAAUUGGAAGUUGAAUUAUGUUAACAAUGUUGCGUUAAAAGCUGCUCAAAUCAAUACUGUAUUUUAUAUUAAUAACAAUUGUUUAAAACUAAAACUUGUAAUGUAAAAUAACUUGACUUAUUGUGAUGAAGCCAAAUAGAAACAUCAUUGGACUCUGCAGCGUUUUAGUGCCGUUAUGUGGACUGUUCUAUUGUUCCUACCCUGCAUGAGCAGGACCUGCAGUCAUCCAGGACAGAUCCACUGCCCUGUAUAAAACAAACUAAAUUUGCAGUGGUCAAAGAAUUAUCUACUACCCCAAAAUAUGAAGCAACAAUUACAUUUGCUCUCACCACAGAUGGAUGAACCUCCAGAGCUACAGUACAGAGAUCAACUUAACUGUUCAACUUGAAAAAUAGA